GUAUUUAGAGUUAUCUCCCAUAUAUAGUUUUCUAUCUUUCAUGUUUGUUUCCCGUCAUCUGCUAGCGCUAUGGCAGCGACAUCAAGGGUGCUGAGGACCAUGAAGCCCCAUAUCCCGUUAAUAAGUUUUCAUCCUCGUCAGCAGGCUGGCAAAGUGACAUCAAGUAUACCUGCCGCAGCUACAUCAAAAUCUCAGCCUGCUAAAAAAUCUGAAAAGGGCUCAGGGCUCGAUUUCCUCCAGCUGCCUAGUCGAUUUCAGAGAAAACCCUUGUCUCAAGAGGAGAUGGAAUUUAUUGAAAGAGGUGGACCAGAUUAACCAAGGAAGAAUGUAGGAUAAUGCAUACGUCAUAAAUUAUUAUUGCGAUAUAACAAUGAACUGAUGGUCCUGAUUUAUUAUAGUAAAUAGAUGUGACAGAGUAUAUACAUGCAGGCUAAAGAUUAUCUGUUCAGUCAGUAUGGGUUUUUUUUAUGUCAUGGUUCCUGUAUAUUUAGUAUAGAUUUUUUGAAACCAUCUGUACCAUGGUAUUGUACAUGGACCCUUUGUGGUCAUUUUGCUUAUUAAAAUCAUUUACUUCUUAAA